AUGCACGUCUCCAGCUUUCCGCAGAUGGCUCUGUUCCGGACAGACAUUGUCUUUCCCGAUGAUACCCAAGACCAACGCGGGCAGAUCGUGGUGACAUACGUGCCUUCUACUGGCGACAACAACACUGCCGGCAUCGAAACGCUAAAUGUUCCCCUGGAGCCCAGUGUCGAUGGCCUGCGAGUCUUCGAGGUCGUCAUGCACAAGAGCCCCACAGAAGCCUACGACAUGGGAAAACAAUAUAAUUCCUGGUUUUCCAGCCGCUUUGGCUUCGAUGUCGUCCUUGCUUACCUGGGAGAAAACAGGAGGCCCCUUCUGGGAAACAUGUCUCCCACCACCGCGCAACACUCAACCCAGAGCAGCUGGUUCUCGCGUGUCAGCCAAAGCGUUGCAUCCCUCGCCGGCUGGGCCGGAGGCGACGCAACCGGUGCAGAGGGUAUCACCUUUGCUGACGUCGCGCCGUAUCUCGUGGUUUCCGAGACCUCUUUGCAGAACGUAUCCGCGAGAUUGCCCGAAACGAUGGAUGUGACCAAAUUUCGGCCGAAUAUCGUGGUUUCCGGCGCGCCCGAGGAGUUUGAAGAGGACUUCUGGGCUGAAUUGACGGUGGAUGGCGAUAUCACGCUGACCUUGACAAACAAUUGCGCGAGAUGUGUUAGUAUCAAUAUUGAUCUCGACGCUGGGGCCCCCGGGACUGGAGAAAUGGGCUCCGUCCUGAAGAAGCUUAUGAAGGAUCGGAGGGUCGAUAAAGGGACAAAAUAUAGUCCAAUCUUUGGACGUUACGGAUUUCUAGGCAACGGCUGUGAUGGUGCUCCUAUCAGAGUCGGAGACGAAACUGGCCAGGACUUACGAAUUGAUAUCUCUCGAUCAAUGUUCAAAGAUAAAACGCCAGACCUGGCGUCUCCCUUCCACUAUUCCAUAGCUCCCUUCGCCCAUACACUUCUGCUCCUCUCCAAACAACCCAACAACGCCUCAAUCUCUCGUACAAGGUCCGCCGUAUGCGAGCUGUGGUCAUAG